AUGAGCGACAGCAUCCUCAGCGAGGCGUCAUCGUCGUCGUCAUCGGCAGCCACUGGUAAUUGCGCCUCAUGCGGGGGCCCAGCCGCGACCCGGUGCGCCGACUGCAAGCUCGUGUUCUACUGCACGAAGGAGCACCAGCGCUCGCACUGGCCGAGCCACAAGUCCGCCUGUAGGGCUUACGAGGUGCGGGAUAACGAGGAGCUCGGCCGUCACCUCGUGGCAACGCGCGACCUCGACGCCGACGACCUCAUCCUCUCGGAGCUGCCGAUCGUCUGGGGCCCGAGUUACCACGCCGAGUCGAGCGUAUGCGUCGGCUGUGGUAUCAAGGAUGUCUUCAUGCGUUGUCCCGGGUGCAAGUGGCCCGCCUGCAAGAUCACCUGCCCUGGACUGGCCGACGACGAGAGGCACAAGUUCGAGUGCAAGAUCCUAGCCGCGGCUCGGCUUUUGCCAAGGUGCGAGAACCUGUUGAUAUUGCGAGCCCUCAUACUGCAACGGCGGAACCCGAAGCGCUGGAAAACCCUGACGAAGCUCGAGAGCCACGAGGAGAAGCGCGGCCCGGGGACGGACGCGUACGAGGAGAUGCGCCUCGUGGCCGAGUACUUCGGGCCCAUGCUGGCGCUCGACGCCGGCGCCUCGGAGGUCCUGGCCAAGGUGUGCGGCCUCGUCGACGUCAACGCCCUGGAGACCAACCCGCCCGAGGGCUCGGCCGCCAUAUACGAGGUCGCCUGCCUACUGGAGCACCGCUGCAUCGCCAAUACCAGGCACACCUUCGUCGUCGACGAACACGGCAGGCCGAGGAUCAAGGUCAUCGCCGUCAAGCCCAUCAAAAAAGGCGAGCACCUGAGCACAACGUACACCCACGCGCUGUGGUCGACGCGUAGCCGGAGGGAGCACCUACGGGCAACCAAGUACUUUGCGUGCAAGUGCGAGCGUUGCUCCGACCGCACGGAGCUGGGCAGCCACAUGGGCAGCUUGAAGUGCCCCUGCGGCAACGGCUGGAUGACCCCGGAGGAGCCCCUCGCCGAGAACAGCGAGUGGUCGUGCGACAAGUGUCCCGGGGUCCUCAGCACGAAGGAGGUGGCCCAACUCUUCGACAGACUCGGCGAGGAGGUCGAAGCAGCCAUGAGCGGCCCCGACACCGAGAUCCUUACCGAUCUUCUGUUCAGGCUCGAAGUGCUGCUGCACCCGUGCCACCAGCACUGCAUCACGGUGAGCCACACGCUACUGCAGAUGCUCGAGCCCGAUGAUCCGAAGAAGGCAGAGCUCUGCCAGCGCAUGAUCGACCUGUUCGAGAUCGUCGACCCGUACGGGGCACGUUUGGCCAUUUACCAAGUGAUCGCCUUAAGAGAGCUGUCCCUGUGCCCCGAUCAGGACAGAAAGGCCCUGCUGACAAGGGCCAUGGAGAUAUUGCGCUACGAGCCGCCAAAGAGCCCGGGUGCGGUUCUCUCGAAUAUCAUUCUCCAGGAGGUCUAACGGGGUCUUGAUUCGUUGUUGUUUUUUCCUCAUACCGAUCGUAUGCCACAGUGGGUUAUUUUACGGCAGGGUGCUUUUGUCACUACAUUAAUGAUAUACCAUUCAGACUUGGGCAUAUAGAUACUUUUUCUGCAAAAUUUUUCACGAGAUUGUAUUGUUAUUAGUGACGAAUUAAAAAAAAAAACGUAUUUCAUUAAAGAUUAAAAAUUUCCGUUCAAAGUGUUAGAGUAACACUAUUGUGUUCAAGUCUGCGAUUCUAAAAUCUAUAUUGUCCUCCAUAUGGGCGGGAAAAAAACACACGUCCCGUCGUUUUUCGCCUUCAAGGAAAUAUCGACGGGCGGUCC